AUGGAAGGAGCUGAGCUCUGCGUUCUACAACUCAACAACUCCUGCACGAGGCCAAAGCUUUCUGACUCUGAAUAUCUGCUUAUUUACAUUCUGCUGUCCUGCAUCUCUCUGCUCACUGCAACUCUCAACCUGCUGGUCAUCAUCUCCAUCUCCCACUUCAAACAGCUUCACACUCCCACCAACCUCCUCCUCCUCUCUCUGGCUGUCUCAGAUUUCUUCGUGGGCCUCAUCAUAUUCUUUCAAAUUGUGCUUAUAGACGGCUGCUCGUUCCUCAGUGAUGUCAUGUGUGCUUUGUGUCAGUAUCUGACAUACAUUAUUACCUCUGCCUCAGUAGGAACUAUGGUGCUCAUUUCAGUUGACCGCUAUGUGGCUAUUUGUGACCCUCUGCAUUAUCCCAUCAAAAUCACUCUAAAAAGAGUUCAAAUCUGUAUUUGUCUGUGUUGGAUGUGUUCUGUAUUAUGUUUCAGUUUGCUGAUGAAGGAUCACCUGAGACAUCCUAGCAGAUAUAGAUCCUGUUCUGGAGAUUGUGUGAUAAGCUUUAACUUUAUUGAACGAAUUAUAGAUCUUAUUUUAACCUUCAUUAUCCCCAGUGCUGUCAUUUUUGUUCUGUAUAUGAGAAUAUUUAUUGUGGCUGUGUCUCAGGCUCGUGCCCUGCAGUCACAUAUUGCAACGGUCACACUCCAGCGUUCAGAGCCUGUAACUGCUAAAAAGUCUGAAAUGAAAGCAGCCAGGACUCUUGGUAUUGUUAUAGUUGCGUUUCUAAUAUGCAUUUGCCCAUAUUUCUGUGUCACCCUUACAGGCCAGGACACCUUGCUCACUGCUUCAUCCGAAGCCUUUGUGGCAUGUCUGUUCUAUUUUAACUCCUGUCUAAACCCUGUGAUCUAUGUUUUUUUCUACCCUUCAUUCAGAAAAUCGAUUAAACUCACUGUUACACUUCAAAUACUGCAGCCUGACUCCUGUGACACCAACAUAAUGUAA